AUGAAGCUACAAGAGCACCUCCAAGCUCUCCGCAAAUUUCUUUGCACUCCAAUCCUUACUUUGAAGCACAUCAUGAAUUCCGACCACGCUACCUCCGAAAAGAACCCCGAGCUCACAGCAGCUCAUGCGGACAUCCGCUCUGAGUACGAGUCCAACCAUUGUAUGUUCGAAAGAGAAAUUAUUCAAGAUGUCGGCAUGCAGCUCAAGAGACUGAACGGGCAGAGUGGCACCGUCAUUUUAACAGACAUCAAAUCAAAGACGAUCGAGCACGAGGCGAAAGUUGGCAUCGUAACCUCGCCCUCGAACAAAUAUCCCUCACACGGCGAAAUUCGGUACGUUUCCCUUCCUUUCCUAUCUUUAAUCAGCGUGCUUACCAGUUCUUAGAACUACCCCUGGCAUCCGUUACCGUCCUAUCCAGAGCCUCCUCACAGACAAAGACAUACCAGCAGGACUCGCAUAUCACUCCCUUGAAGUUUUGCAGUAUCACCACUACUACGACAAAUCCACGAACAAAGCCUUGGAUCCCACAACUCUCGAGCCCCUGAAAGUAAAUUCCACCCAAUCACUCAAAGAAACGCGAAAGCUUUUCAAGUCCUACCAACAAACGUGGAAGACCACCCAAACAUACGCACUUCUCAAAGAAAAGGUCGAAAAAGGAGAACUCCGUGAUAUCAAAAAGAUUGUAUCUUUCGGACUUGGUACGAUGAGGUAAGACAUGGACCAAUUCAAUCCACGCUCACUGUAUCAGCACGCCUUACUCUCCACCUUGCGAAAAGUGCUGGACAAGAAUAAGGAGAAGUACACGUACGAGGUUUUGUGCUAUGCGCAGGAUCCGGCUUAUGAUAAUGUUGAUAAGGUUCUUCUAGAAGAGAAUGAGAUUAAAGUCCUUGAUGACCCGGAGGGAUUUCUGGAGGUUGGGGAUCAUACUAUUGUGGUUUCGUUCUGCGCCGAUGUGUGUGUGAAGCAGAUUAUCUUGGACAUCGCUUGUCCGGCGGCAAUUAUAUCUGAUCGAUUUAUUAAUCACCCUGAUGACUCUCCUACCUUGAUGAAAGUACCUUGUUCCGUCUGCUUCCCGUCGAGAUAUACAGGUUUGUUGCGUCGGCUGACCUUCACUAGCAAAGAACCGGGCUCCUCGCGUACGGCGAAGAUCAUCUCGGAUGAAUACGAUAUCCAUGAAUUCCCGGAUUGCACGGAAAAUUUCACGGAUGGGGUUUUGUAUAUUAGACGGGAGUCGGCGAAGUCGCUUCAGGAGAGACGUAAGCAAGGGCUAUGGUAUUAUAACCCGAUCGAUGGGACAAGAAAUACAAACUGA